GGCACAGACAUGGUAGUGAUUUCGGACCACGUUCAGUGUUUGACUAUACAGACGGGCGUCAUCAACCAUGGGGAUUGGUAGUGUGGACCGGAUAACAGUGACUAAAGAUGUUGGCAACUUUCUACUGGACUCCUGCCGACUUACAAAAAGCUCAAGAUCCCGGUGAACAGCAAGGAAAUGGUCUGACAGAGAAACAAGGGGCCUGUUACAUCUCUGAUUCUGCGUAUUCCUUCCAAAUGCUGCACUCCUCGUUCGUGCGCACUCGACGUCAGCCUAUGGUGGGGUCCCACAUACACAAGCAACAUCCGCGAUCACUACCCACACCUGUUGUCCCCCACUUCCCGCAGCAAGUGAUGCGUGCUGACGGAUCAAAAUUCACAUACUGGACUAUCUAUCCACGUCCGCACAUCAUCCUCACCCAAAACACUACGAAUCACAUUCUUUGGAACGCUACGGAACGUUUGUGUGGAGGCUCUGCUGUGCGUACACAGGACGAAGAGGAUGAGGGUACUGGACGUAUGUGCAGACGGAGGAAGAGAUUCAGUGGUGACGUCGCCACUGAGCAGUGGUCCGUACUGCAGGAAGGUUUCCAGUCAGCGACGGAACCAUUAGCCUCGAAGGGGCCUGCCACUGCGAAAACCCCCAGCAAGAACUAAUAAGUGGCAUUAACCCUUCCUAUUGUUUUUUUGGACUGCUCAGUGGUAUCCUUCGGUGCAUCUGAAUCCGUAUAUAUUGCUAACUCGGGAGAU